AUGUAUUGCCAAUCACUUAUUCCAAGGUGCUUGGCACUCCUUCUUGCCUCGUGUACCCAUGCAUGCUCUCCUCGAUCAGACUCGGGAGACCCCAACAACCCUAUAGUCGUUGGAAACGAUGGUCCUGCUCCCGCAGCAACUCUGGGAUACGCAAUUAACCACUUCGGCCUUCUCACGACCAAUCUCGAGGCCAUGAAAUAUUUUUACGGCAACAUACUUGGUAUGCGACUUCUCUUCGACGCCCAUGUCACACCCGAAUAUACCGUGACGUACAUGGGCUACGCUCAGGGUGGUCGCAACGGCACUGGCUUCCAGAGCGGCUCCGAGCUUUCCCGCGACAAGAACAAUUUGUACGGACUUCUCGAGCUCGUCCAAUUCAACGUUUCAGAUGAUCAUCUCGUGGCAUCGACCAAGCGGACCAAUACGUUCAGCCAUGUCGGGCUUAUUGUUCCUGAUAUAGCUAAGGCACAAACAUAUCUGCAAAAGAACGGUGUUAAAAUCCUGAAGGAGUUUGGUAAACCUGUCACGGAGAUGACUGGCCCGCUGCAGAACGCCUUUGGGAUAGGCGAGUACGCGGGGGCGCACAUCGUUGCGAAACAGGCCUUGAUCAAGGCGCAGGGUUUGAUUGGAUUAGAGUACUUGGUGAUGGUUGAGGAUCCUGAUGGCAAUAUGGUGGAAAUUCAGCAGCAAGAGCCUCCCAGCAGCUCAAAUUUGUAG